UUUUUUAUUGAAUCCUAAUGGCUUUUGGAAGAACACCUAAUGUCGAAUCAUCGCCUGGAAAAGCACCUCAAAGAGGCAGCUUCCCUUUAGAUCAUGAUGGUGAAUGUAAAAAGACCAUGUUAGAUUAUGUCAAGUGUUUAAAACAAAACAAGAAUAACAAUGGCUUAUGCAGACAGUUUUCAGAAGCUUAUCUUCAGUGUCGUAUGGACAAAGGUUUAAUGGAUAAAGAUGAUAUGGGUAAUUUAGGAUUUGCUGAUUUGCACAAAGACUAGUAUUUUGCAGUCUUGACAACAUAGUCCAUAUAGAGAGCAUAGCCAGAAGCAAUAGGCUAUUCAACGUAAGAAAAAAAAAAAGAAAUCAAAUAAAAUUGUAUUACCUGUCCAAGCAUAGCCAAA